GUUGCCACGCUCAUGCGUGCUAAUAGAUACUUGACACUUUAUCCCGGAGGGCCUCAUACCUCAGGAUCCAGAGAUGUAAGCCCGGUCUCAAUAUGGCUCAUUAACACAGUCCAACUUACACCCACGAUUAGCCUGAGUCAGGCCUAUGUGCACCUGAUCUAUUUACCCGACAACGAUGUCGGAUAACAAAAUGGGAUCCUCAGCUUCAGGUAGAGCGAGAAACUUAUCAUGAUGGCGCAUACCAGACCAACGCAGGCAGCUUGUUCAAGAUGCUGCUUCAAGCACUGAUUCUUGGCAUCGCUGCCCUCGAGCACAUCCACGGCCUUCCAACUUCAGCCAGCCAACCUGUGGGAGCCCGUCAGUACUAUCCGGAUCCCGACGACCCAUCUCUUCCCCCGUCUCCUGAAGAUUGCCUCAGGCUAUCCUUCAGCGAGCCAGCGUGGUCCAUCUACGAUCCCGCACUGCUGUCAGUGAAUGUCUCAGAUGGAGGCACUCAAGGCGAUAUUCGCUUCUACACCAGAAACGUCGCUACUGGCCAACAUGCAGAUUGCAGAGUGACCAAUAUCGAACUCAACCCAAAGGGCGCCCAGUUGGAAACUUGGUACAACUGCAAUGUCACAGACUUGCAAUUUCAGUUUCUUCUCGAUGACUUUCAGGUGAGACUGAGGGGUGGAUGGAAGUGCGCUGACUCUGACCUGAGUUUCCACGGACAUGGUGUCUGGGAAGAACCUGUCGUUCAAGGUUGUCUGGAAGAGUGGAAUACACCUCGUGGCCAAGAGACGCUUUGCAUCAUGGGAGGAUCAUAUGUCGCUGCCACGCUGACUAGUCCGAUGGAUCUACAACCUCAAUGGCCCCUGCUUCCCUACACACCUUUUGAGAGGGCGUGGAGAUGCGUCGAUCGCUCAUGGGAUCCCGAGUUUACUGUCCACAGCUUGGAAUACCAGCAUCACGAGGGUUCAUACGAGUUUACUCUGGAUCUUGAGAAUCAUUCCAGCGGCGAAAGGACAGUCUGCAAAUCCGAGAUACUUGAGGAGAGGGGCCUACCUACCGAUGGCUCAACACCGUGGGUAAAGUGUUUGGCUGAGAAUGCCACGCUCGACGUUCUGCUGGACAGGACGUAUGAUAUCCUGGGGAUUCGCCAGGAGUGGAAGUGUAGUGACAAUGUCAAGGAUAUUGAGCCAGAAGAAUAUCGUGCCACGGGAUUGAUUCAGGCACGCCUUGAUUGUGCCAAACCGACAGACAAAAAACACAAAGACUAUACUUGUACCCUACCUGCCGCAUCACCAUUGACAUUUACUGGAUAUCCUGCCAUCGACAAAACCGUGCUCCCGCCUUUCCCUCACACUUUCUACAACAGAAGUUGCACAAUCAACUCCAUCAGCAACACCCACACUCUUACCUUGAACGAGUACAAGAUUGAAACGGCUGAUGACGGAAAACUCGAGGGGACUUUCAGUUUCUAUAAUCCUGGGCCCGGAGAAACGUGGAGCCUGUCCCAGAUUCCUGUGCUCAACGAUGCAACUUGGCAUGAGUGCACUCCUGGGAAGGGAACAGAACUGCCUUGGCAAUUGGCCAGAUGCAGUUAUGCACUUUCUUUGCACGAAAAGUCGCCCGAAAUCCGCUUUGAUCUGGCAUGGUACUGUGAUGAUCGCGAUCCAAGUAAUGCCAUCUUGUUCGAAGCCAGCGCUCAAGCAGACUUAACUGGGAAAACUGCCUGCCAGGGCGGAAUUUGCCAGUUCCCCUCAGGGAUAACAGAGGUGGCACUCCAAGUUACUAAUUUGACGUGGGAAACCGGGCAUGGAGUCAUGCAGAAGGGCCCAAUCUUACCUUGGGUAUAGCGCGGAUAGUCCGACGAUUGCAAAAGAUAGGAGACCUUGACAGAAAAGGAGAAGCGGCUGUGGCCUAUUCCAUAUUUGAGCAACAAUAGAAUCAAGCUUCGACGUGAUUGGGACUCCUUCCCACUUGGAAAAGCAGCUGGGUCCAGACAGACUGAUGGUAGGACCGGGUGAGCCAACUGCCGAAGCUGACAGAGCUCGACAAGAUUUUCUCCAAAUCCCCACAUGUUUGAUUGACGAACCAAGGGGCGGGCUCCUCGUGGGUAUGCAGCCGGGUUAUUCUUGAGAGACCACUGAACCAAAUCUUUAUGCGUAUCGGUUGGGGGGUUGGGGUCACACGGCUAGGUAGGUACCUAUCAUUGCAAAAAUUGGG